AUGGCGCCGGUGUGUGUGGCUGCCCGUCUGUUGCUCUCACUGGUUUUGGUGUUUUUCCUUGGCACUAUACAGUUAAAGUUUCUGCUGGUGUACGAUCGUCAAUCUCUCUUAGAUCUUCAACAUAAUGUCGGUGCGUUUGAUUAUCGCGAACAUAAUACCUUGCCCCCGCUCCUAUCGGGAAUCUCGGGAAUCCCGACUCACCUGGACUGGGCCUUACCCCGAAGGAAGCGUCGCCGUCGCCGUGGAAAACGCAGCGGUCGACUGGUGAAGUUUAAACUGGGUGCGCCCGGACGCGGGCAUCUCCUCCAAGGCCAUGAGCGUCAGCAACUCCUUUGUCAGCGACAUCUUCGUGAGCAUCGCCUCCGGGGUCUCCAGCCUGGUGCUCUUCAGCUGCCACCGGACCAUCUCCUCCCGGGAGAUCCAGAGUGCUGUCCGCCUGCUGCUGCCCGGAGAACUGGCCUGACACACCGUCUAGGAGGGGACGAAGGCGGUCACCAGUGUGUGUCUCGUCCCACACACGAACAUGGACAUACACUAGACCUUGUUCUCUCUCAUGGCUUGUCUGUGUUAAAUUUGGAGAUCUGUGACAGUGUGGUUUCUGAUCAUAUGCCCGUAUUAUUUGAUGUUGGUUUCUCCUGUGCUGCAGUUAAAUCUGGCGCUCCUGCUCGGCGCUGUCGGACUUUCAACCCUUUUGCUGCCGGCCAGUUCUCUGCUGCUUUCGAUCAGCUCUGUGCCCCCUCUGCUUCCACUUCUCUUGAUACGGAGGAGAUCAGUUCUUGGUUUCACUCCUCCUGCAGAACUAUACUGGACUCUGUGGCUCCAUUAAAAACAUUGCAGCCUAGAGCUAAACCCGAGCCCUGGUUCAGUGACGUAACUCGUACAGCUAGACGGGAGUGUCGCAAAGCUGAACGCAAGUGGAAGAAGGACAAGCUGCAGGUUUCAUUUCAAAUCCUAAAAGACUGCUGGCGUCAUUACCAGAACACUGUUAAAGAGGCCAAAAGAGAAUACCUGUCAAAUAUUAUUGUGUCUAAGCGUCACGACCCACGUCCUCAUCUUUUUAAAGAGGUUUUCCCUAGUAUAGGGCAGUCGGUCCUUGCUAUUAUCAACAGCAGCUUGUGUUCUGGGGUUGUCCCCAUAAAUUUUAAACAUGCAGUAGUGCAACCACUACUUAAGAAACCUGGCCUGGAUCAAACUGUUCUGGCCAAUUUUAGACCGAUCUCCAAGUUGCCUUUUAUUUCUAAAAUUCUGGAGAAAGUUGUUUAUGCUCAGCUAAAACUCUUCUUGAACGAGCAUAAUAUUCGGGAGGUUUUCCAGUCAGGGUUUAAAACUAUGCAUAGCACAGAGUCAGCAUUGCUAAGGGUUUUUAAUGACAUCCUCCUAGCUAAUGAUUCUGGUGAUUAUGUGGUUCUUGUCCUGCUGGACCUAUCUGCCGCCUUUGAUACAGUGGACCAUGGUAUCUUAGUAUCUCGGUUACAGCACCUAGUGGGCAUUUGUGGCAGUGCCCUGGAAUGGUUCAGGUCUUAUCUGGCAGACAGAACUAUGUGUGUAAGCCUUGCUGGUUUUGAAUCCUCCUCCGCUCCUCUGUCAUAUGGGGUUCCACAGGGCUCAAUUUUAGGGCCCCUGCUUUUCUCACUGUACUUACUUCCUCUGGGUUCCAUUCUUAGAAAGCAUGGCAUCUCUUUUCAUUGUUAUGCUGAUGAUAGCCAACUAUAUAUGCCGCUGAGGAAGGAAGAUGCUUUCUCUGUCAAAUCACUUCUGUUAUGUCUUGAUGACAUUAAAUCCUGGAUGGCCCUAAACUUUCUAGGUUUUAAUGAAAAGAAGACAGAGGUGAUAGUGUUUGGUCCCAAUGGCUGCCGUGAACCCCUCCUGUUGACUUGGGUCCCCUUGGCACUGUAUGUGAAGCCAACAGUUUUGAACUUGGGUUUUAGGAUGGACAGUGAUUUUAAAUUAGAUCAUCAAAUAGGCGCGGUAGUUAAGUCCAGCUUCUUUCAUUUAAGGCAGCUGGCAAAGGUGAAGCCCAUUCUUGAGCGGCAGCAUUUUGAAACAGUAAUCCAUGCCUUCAUUACAUCUAGGCUGGAUUACUGUAACGCACUCUAUUUUGGAGUUACUCGAUAUUCCCUGGCUCGUCUCCAGUUGGUUCAGAAUGCUGCUGCUCGUCUCUUAACUGGAACUCGAAAGAGGGAGCACAUAACGCCAAUUCUGGCCUCCCUCCACUGGCUGCCGGUGUACUUUCGAGUUCAUUUUAAGAUUCUUCUAUUCGUUUUUAAAUCUUUAAAUGGUCUCGCCCCGCCUUACCUCUCUGAGCUGCUUCAUCCCUAUGCUCCUGCCCGGUGCCUCAGGUCAGCUGAUCAGCUGCUCCUGGAGGUACCGAGGUCUAAGCGGAAGCUCAGAGGGGAUAGAGCCUUCUCUGUUGCUGCUCCGACAUUAUGGAACACUCUGCCGUUGCACAUCAGACAGGCCCCCUUACUGUCCAUCUUCAAAACCAGUCUU